GAGAGAGAGAGAGAGAGAGAGAGAGAGAGAGAGAGAGAGAGUAUAAAUAGCAAGCACGUCGCGACAUUCCUCAUCAUAUGCCCCAUACCCUCGGCAUGAGAUUCGUAAGUACCGCUCCUACAGUCUUGUACGCAGGGACUUCCCUCGGCGACUCCAUUACUUCUUGUUGUCCUAGACCCAACUGACCUUUCAUUUGUGUUAGAACAUUACUCAUGCAUAUUAGAAAGUGCCUCACGCCUUGCUUGUUGUCAUAUUGACCUUGAAAACCCUUCUUUACUUUUUCAGUGUGUGAUUUUUAGUGUUUACAAAGUCCUCCUGCAGUCCUUAGUUCAGAAGUUUUAGACGUUGUCUUCACACGACACACCACGCCAGGCGUAAACAUGUCCGAGGUACCUCAUUACUAUGUAGAAGUUGAAAUAACGAAUGGUGGCUCUCGCCAGCGUGCUGGCCGUGGUGGCCGCAAGCCAGGACAAGGACGCCACCAUCGUUGUGGACGAGCGCACUGACAGCGGCGACGGAAACUUCUCGUACAACGUGAAGACCAGCAACGGCAUAGAAAUAAGCAGGACUGGCACUCCGGGCUCUGAGGGACAGAGCAACUUCCGUGGCUCUUUCAGGUUCCCCCUCAAUGACGGCACCUUUCUUGAGGUUACCUACGUUGCUGACGAGUUAGGCUACAAGCCUAGGUUUGCCAUUGUGCCUGAGUUCAUCUCGCCACUCAGUGUGACCUCCGCUCGACCCAUCCAUCGUUCUUCUUUGGCCUUUUCUCCAGACGCGAGGAGUAGCUUGCCUUUCUGAUUCCUCGCCUCUUCCGCACACUUCUCCUUGGAGUCCAGGGCACCAGGGCAUCACUGAGGGGUCCUGGCCACACACUCUGACGCUGCCGUGGUCGGACUUUGCAUAUGAAGUAUUGUUUCAUCCCGCACUGAAUGACAUCCCGCCUCCUUCCAUCAAUGCUCGAAUCAGCUCCUUUCAUUACUCAAAAAUAAAGAAAUAUGCAAAA